UUUCAGGUUUCUAUGGGCACCAUGCGACACCGAAGAAAUGGCAAUUUUGAGAGUUCCAGACUCCUUUAUUCCAGCAUGUCUCGCAGCAUAGAUGUGUCAUGCAGUGACAGUGAUUUGGUCAACUUCAUUCAAGAAAACUUUAAGAAGAGAGAAUGUGUCUUUUUUACAAAAGACACUAAGUCAACGGACAACUUGUGUAAAUGUGGAUACCCUGAAAAUCAGCAUAUAGAGGGCACUCAAAUCAAUAACAGCGAGAAAUGGAAUUACAAGAAGCACACCAAGGAACUUCCUACUGAUGCCUUUGGGGACAUUCAGUUUGAAAAUUUGGGGAAAAGAGGAAAGUACAUUCGUUUGUCAUGCGACACAGACUCUGAAACACUCUAUGAUCUCAUGACUCAGCACUGGCACCUGAAAACCCCUAACCUCGUCAUUUCUGUCACUGGGGGUGCGAAGAACUUUGCACUCAAGCCCCGGAUGCGCAAGAUAUUCAGCAGGCUGAUCUACAUAGCCCAGUCCAAAGGGGCCUGGAUUUUCACCGGAGGCACGCAUUAUGGGCUGAUGAAGUACAUCGGGGAAGUGGUCAGAGACAACACCAUCAGUCGGAGCUCAGAGGAAAAUGUGGUGGCUAUUGGCAUAGCAGCCUGGGGCAUGAUUUCCAACCGAGAAAGUCUGAUUCGCAGUGGUGAUAAUGACGGGUACUACUUGGCCCACUAUAUAAUGGACGAUCUCAAGAGAGACCCUCUCUAUUGCCUGGAUAAUAAUCACACCCAUCUCUUACUGGUUGAUAAUGGCACCCACGGGCACCCAACAACAGAGGCAAAAGUACGAACUCAGUUAGAAAAGUACAUUUCAGAGCAAGUUAUCCCAGAAUCUAAUUAUGGUGGGAAGAUUCCAAUUGUAUGUUUUGCCCAAGGCGGAGGGAAAGAAACUUUGAAAUCUAUCAACGUGGCCAUCAAGAGUAAAAUUCCCUGUGUUGUGGUAGAAGGCUCUGGCCGGAUCGCUGAUGUUAUAGCUAGCUUGAUGGAGGCAGAAGGCACUCUUGCUUCUUCAUGUGUCAAGGAGAGCUUGCUCAGGUUUCUGCCUCGCACCAUUUCAAGGCUCUCAGAAGAGGAGACUGAAAGUUGGAUCAGAUGGAUCAAAGAAGUCCUUGAGAACCCUCAUUUACUCACAGUUAUCAAAAUAGAAGAAGCUGGUGAUGAAAUUGUGAGCAAUGCCAUUUCUUUUGCUCUGUACAAAGGCAAGAUUCUUCUUCCUGCAGCUUUCAGCACCAAUGAACAUGACAGAGAUAACUGGAAUGGGCAGCUGAAGCUGCUGCUGGAGUGGAACCAGUUGGACCUGGCCAGUGAUGAGAUCUUCACCAAUGACCGAAACUGGGAGUCAGCUGACCUUCAGGAUGUCAUGUUCACAGCCCUGGUGAAAGACAGGCCCAAAUUUGUUCGUCUCUUCUUGGAAAAUGGCUUGAACUUAAGGAAGUUCCUUACCACAGAGGUCCUUACAGAGCUGUACACCAACAACUUCAGCAGCCUGGUGUUUAAGAACCUGCAGAUUGCAAAGAAUUCCUAUAAUGAUGCUCUCCUCACAUUCGUGUGGAAGAUGGUUGAAGACUUCCGAAGAGGUCUCAAAAGAGAUGAUAAGAACAGCAAGGAUGAGACGGGGAUACAGCUCUCAGAUGAAUGUCCUAUCACAAGGCAUCCAUUGCAAGCUCUGUUUAUUUGGUCAGUUCUUCAGAACAAGAAAGAAUUGUCCAAAGUCAUCUGGGAGCAAACCAGAGGCUGCACUUUGGCAGCUCUUGGGGCUAGUAAGCUCCUGAAAAGCCUGGCCAAGGUGAAGAAUGAUAUAAAUGCUGCUGGUGAGUCUGAGGAACUUGCUAAUGAGUAUGAGACAAGAGCAGUAGAGCUGUUCACCGAAUGCUACAGCAGUGAUGAAGAUCUUGCUGAGCAGCUGCUGACCUAUUCCUGUGAAGCCUGGGGAGGGAGCAACUGCCUGAAACUAGCAGUGGAAGCUAAAGACCAGCAGUUCAUUGCACAGCCAGGGGUGCAGAAUUUCCUUUCCAAGCAGUGGUAUGGAGAAAUUUCAAGAGAUACCAAGAACUGGAAAAUUAUAUUGUGUCUGUUCUUUUUCCCUUUAAUUGGCUGUGGUUUCAUCUCAUUCAGGAAAAAGCCUGUGGAGAAGAGUAAGAAACUCUUGUUGUAUUAUGUGUCUUUCUUCACCUCCCCGUUUGUGGUCUUCUCCUGGAAUGUUAUCUUCUACAUUGUUUUCCUGCUGCUCUUCGCCUACGUCUUGCUCAUGGAUUUCCAGAAGGAGCCUACCGUCCUGGAGAUAAUCCUUUAUGUGCUGGUCUUCAUCCUGCUUUGUGAUGAAGUGAGACAAUGGUACAUGAAUGGCAGUAAGUAUUUCUCAGAUCUGUGGAAUGUUAUGGAUACGCUAGCAAUCUUUUACUUCAUAGCAGGGAUUGUAUUCAGGCUUCAUUCAUCCAAUGAAAGUUCCUGGUAUUCUGGGAGAGUCAUUUUCUGUUUGGACUACAUAGUUUUUACUCUGAGGCUGAUCCAUAUUUUCACAGUUAGCAGGAACCUAGGACCCAAAAUUAUUAUGCUGCAGAGGAUGAUGAUAGAUGUCUUCUUCUUCCUCUUCCUCUUUGCUGUGUGGAUGGUGGCCUUUGGUGUGGCCAGGCAAGGCAUCCUGAGAAAGAAUGAGCACCGCUGGGAGUGGAUAUUUCGAUCCGUCAUCUACGAGCCAUACCUGGCUAUGUUUGGCCAGUACCCUGAUGAUGUUGAUGGUACCACAUACAACUUUGACCGCUGCACCUUUUCUGGGAAUGAGUCCAAACCCUUGUGUGUGGAGCUGGAUGCCAACAAUCAACCUCGUUUCCCAGAGUGGAUUACCAUUCCCCUUGUGUGCAUUUACAUGCUCUCAACUAACAUCCUCCUUGUGAACCUGCUGGUGGCCAUGUUUGGCUACACUGUUGGAUCAGUACAAGAGAACAAUGACCAAGUGUGGAAGUUCCAGCGUUACUUCUUGGUCCAGGAAUACUGCAGUCGCUUGACUAUCCCCUUCCCUUUUGUCAUCUUUGCCUACAUCUUCAUGGUGAUGAGGAAAUUUUUUAAAUGCUGCUGUAAGAACGAAAGUAAAGAGCCAUCUAUUUGUUGCUUAAGAAGUGAGGACAAUGAAACUCUGUCAUGGGAAGCUGUCAUGAAAGAAAAUUACCUUGUCAAAGUCAAUACCAAAGCAAACGAUUCAUCAGAAGAGAUGGUGCAUCGAUUUAGACAACUGGAUGCAAAGCUCUGUGAUUUGAAAAGCCUCCUGAAAGAGAUUGCUGGCAAAAUCAAAUGAAUGCAGCUGAAAUCCAAGAGCAGCUACCUGAGCAGGAUACUGAUUCAUCAAGAAUAAUUUCUCAGAGCUGACGGUAACGACCAAGCCAGAUGUAACCGAUCCAGCAGAGCGUGUCAGUGUCCAAUGAGUUCUUUUUUUAAAAAAAUUUUAUUUUUUGGUCUUAAGAGAAAACAACCCUUUCUGCCUGUUUCAUGAAGACGGUAAAACAUUAAGGGGACAAUAUCUCUUCUGGUAGAACUCCAAGUUACCAAGCCCUCCUUUUUCCCUUCUCUUCCUUGAUGAUUGCUGUCAGCAGGUAGUCCUUGUCAGCUGCUGUUAAAAUGCAUUCUUAAUUCCAAGAGUUCUGCUGCUGCUGCAAAAAUCAUUUUGCUUCUCAGUUUCCUUCAAAUGGGUCUGUUCAUGGGUUUCCUUUAGCUACUAAUUGCUUGUCUUAAUGAAUCUCCCUUCCCCCUCCUUUAUGUAAUAGCCAGAUCUAGCUUGUUACUUGCACAGUCCAUCUAUAAGACCUCCUGAAGUCUGAAAUGCUGACGUGCUGGGAUGCAAGGUAUUGCUGCAUCGUGCCCUGGGGGAAACAUGGCCAUUGGUCCAACCACGCACCCACCUCUUGGACUCCAAAGUGGAGAGUGUGGACUUUUUCCUGCUAUACCUGGAACUGUGCAGCAAUGCAGAAGCUCAACUGCUACAUCCCUGCAUGGAUGGGGAAGGGGAUAGGAUGUGAUGCAAUUAAUAUAGAAGCAGUUUCCAAAGGGUUUGUAUGCAAUCCUUGGUUGUUUCUGUAGUGAUAACUUGUACGCUUGGAGUGUUGCAGUUUGUUUUACUUUUUUAAACAUAUACACAGUUUGUUUGUGUUAUGAUUCUCAAAUAGAGAAGAGAUUGUUGGCCAUCUUUAAACUUUGUGAUGCUUGCUACAGUUAGGCUGCUUUUUCUGUUUUUUUCCUAAAAUAGGAGCUGCAUCUUGUGGCAGAUUGUGUGGUAUAACUGAGUGCAUUACCAACUGAAGGGAAAUCACUCAAAUGGCAUUAAUUUCCAUUGCAAAACAUCAUAUUUGUCUUCAUCCCCAGUGACUAUGAAUGAUCUCCCAUUGCAUUUGAUUUUGAAUGCUUAGAUACUUCACUUUGGCUGGCAAUGGGAAUCUUAGUCUUAGUCUGAGGGUUGUCAGGUAGAAUAUAUAGGUGCUUAUAAUGGCCACAUGAGAUCUCCUACUAGCUAAUUAGGUAGAUGGAGAGGAAAUUUCUAUGAAAGCUUCUUUGGUUAAUACUGCCCAGGUGAGUCGUCAUGACCAGUGCAAAUGCAGCCAGCUGCUUCUUGGCUAGAAACCAAAGCCUGCAAGCCUGCUUCUGGGCACACAGCACAUUCCAGUCCAUGUGUGCUGGGAAAACAUGUUGAUCCAAGUGGGUGAAGACAUUUUUAUAUGCUUUAAUGUUUCAGUGACUGCUUAAGUUCAGGGCUGUGAAGCAUUGAUGUAAGUGAGGAAUGUUUCUACUGGGGGAUGCAGCUGACUGAGCUGGUCAUCUGCUAUUGGAGAGAAGGCCAGCAUAUGCAUGGAGUCUGUAGGGUGACCUUUUAAAUUUAUUCCUUUUGUUUACACACCCAGAAUAUAUGCCAGAUUUGGCUUCUGUGUUUACUCAAGCUGCUGCUGUGUUCGUACUUCUAGCUAAAAAUUGAAUAGU